GUUCAGGUGACUAAGUUGGUUCAGAAAUCGUAUAGGAAGUGACAUCAUUCAUGACCAAUACGAGUCGGGGACUUAGUUGAGAUUGAUCGGAGUGUGAGGACGUUCAGUGCAGUAGUUAUAAUUCAGUUUGCUAUAAGCUAUAGCCUACCUUUGAAUUUCAAAAUGAUUUCUAACACUAUAUUAGGGUUAUUUCUCUUUGGAAGCAUUCAUUCAGCUACUGCAAUGACGUGCAAGAAAGAAGGAAUUUUCGGCAUCACCACCCACAUCAACUGCCCACAAGCUGGACAGCCUUCAGAUUAUACCUUCUGCUGUGGCUCGGAAGAGAACCGCUACUGCUGCCCAAUUCCAUUUGAAAUUGACCAAGAAACUGUGAACUCCAUAUUGGAAAGAACUGAGGUGUACAGGAUCCCUGGUGCAGGACUCUUAUUGCGGUCUGCACGCCAGACGUCACAGAGUGCUGGCACUGUUGUGUUAGAGACACCAGUGACUUCACAAAAACAUGAUGAAAAUGAAGGGAUAAUCUCUGAUGGAGUCAAGAAAGUCAAAGACAAAGUCAAACAAAAAGUUAAAGACAAAGCUAAAGAUAAAGUCAAUCAGGUGAUAGAGAAGCAAACUCAAAACAACCUGCCCCGACUGCUGGGGAUCUUGGCUGGAGUGGUGGUGGUUGUGGUGCUGGUGUGCAUCAUCUGCUGCUGCUGCUGCCCAUUCUGCCUCAUCGCAAAGCGCCGCAACCGAGGAUAUGUGACUAGAGGUGCCACUGAGGUGACCGUGACUGUACCUCCACAACAAGCUGCUCAGCCUCUGCAGCCAUAUUCUCAGCCACAACCUUACAUCCAGCCUCAGCAGCCGUAUCCUCAACAACCGUACCCACAGCAGCCCUACCCUCAACAGCCCUAUCCUCAACAGCCGUACCCUCAGCAGCCAUAUCCUCCCACAACGCCCGGCUAUCCUGAUCAACCACCCCCAUACGCUGAGAAGCAGUCCGCCUACAACCCCAACUAUCCCAACGCCUAGACUCCUUGUCUCCUCUCUGGUGUUGGGGGCAUUGCUGUGCCUGCAUCGUGCCGUUCAUCUCGGGCCUGCACCGUGGACCACGAUUCUCAUGCGUCUGCUCCAAUACUCGAACAUGUUUCCUCAUGAAUCUUCUUGCUAUUACAGUAAAUGCAUGUGCUGAAAGUCCAAUAAAACUCUUAACAUAGUAUGCCGUGUAUUUAAGACACUUCUGAUAGUUCUGUUUUCAUUGUUCGCUCAUGUAUUGAGCGCAACUAGCGUACACGAUUAUAAUAAUUUGAAUUGGUUAGGAUUAGCAGAUAAAGGGAGUUUACUCGGCCUCUACUGACACUCUGGUGAAUCUCGGUCAAACGUCCGUCUUGCCGCUAAUGAGAUUAUUUGUGUUAAUCAGUAUUUUAAACUUUAUAGUUCGAGUGAACCUGUGCUCUUGGCUCUUGCCGCUAGUGAGAUUAUGUCUGUUAAUGGUAAAACAUCUUCGUAAUUAUUCAAACUCGUUAUAUGUUCGAUGGUUCGAUUGAACCGGCCCUCUUGCCGCUAAUAAGAUUAUGAGUGUUAAUAAGUUCUUUGAAUUGUAUGGUUCGAGUGAACCGCACAAUUCUCUUGACGCGAAUUAGAUUGACUGUUAAUGCGUACUAUAAACUAUCAGCUAUAGGCAACAUCCGAGCAAACCAUUAUCUCGCUUGGAUGAUUUUGUUCACCACGAUGUGAUGCGAAGAACGUCACGUGUGAGGUGAUGAGCAUCACGUGUGAUGUUCUUAACAACCUGUCAAGUCCAGUUCUGUAUUAAAUUUUUGGCUGCGGCCUUUCAUUCCCUGCGCUUGUUUGCAUUUCGGUUCAAGUAACUCGAAGUAUUGAUCUAUUUGCUCUCACUAUGCGCUGUCAUAUUACACAGGCGUGAGCUGAGAUACUCGUGGCUGGGCUACAGCGCAGUUCACCGCGUGAGAUCUGACUCGAAUGUUAUGUAAAUAUCAGCGCAUGAAUUAGUUAAGAUGUUCUGAAAUCAUUUGUACCUUUUUCCUGUCGCACUUUGAGACGUCGUAGUUUUAUUUCAUCUUUGCUGAGGCUUUGGUGGCGAGAUCCCCAACCAUGACAAGACAAGAGGAGUUCCUUGGGUCAAUCCUGCGCCUCACGAGGAUUGGCUAGGGAGGGAGUGAGUCUCAAAUUACGUUAAGCUUUUCACUAUCGUACUACGCUUGCAAAUUUACGUUGAAAAUCUCAUUAAUGUUUGUAUCGUUCAUGAACAGCGUCCAAAGUUGCGCUAUUUUCUUUAAUCGUUCCUGCUUUACUCCACUAGUUCUAAGCAUUUUAGUUCUUACGCCUACGUUUUGUUCGUAUAAUCAGUUGCUGUUGAUGGCUUAGUCGAGGACGCGCAUGGUUCUCUGUACUUGCAUCCGCUCUUCUUUGAACUUAUUUUCUGUUCUAGUUGUUUAUUUCAUAUAAACAUGUCAGGUUGGCAUGACUUAGCCAUACGCGGAUUGCAUAAUCAUUCAUUUAAGCAGUUAAUGUGGAUUAUUCUUGUCUUACCGACCCUUGCAUUUACUUGUUUUUAUUUGUCUUUCCGAAAUUUCAUUUUGUUUUGAACGGGCGACUCGUUCGUUUUCAGUAUUGGUGCCUGAGCUGGCCUCUGUGAUGUUGUGGACAUGGUUCCAAUAAUUUCUUAGCAAUCUCAACAAAGAGAUUUUCAGUAAUCUCUGGGUUAAUAUAAUUUAUUGGUAAUCUCAACCUGAAGUGGAACCUUAUGGGACGAUCGGAGUUCUCGAGACGACCGUGAGCUACCGUACUACCGUCAAUAUCGCCGAGUCGCCAUUACACCCUGCCUACAAAACCAAACUUUCUAGUAACGUGUCAACAGGUAUAAGUUAAUUGAAUCGCUCUAACACCGACAAAUCUACGUCGGGCUAGCAUUUCACGAUUUUAUUGAAGUUGACGAUUCAACUGGAACGGCGACUAGGGUGUUGUUGACGGUAGAUGAUUGUGUAUGUUUUAAGAGGAUCGUUUGUUCAAAGUCAGUUUAAAUUUUAUUGCACAUCCGAGAGUGUUAACCUUAAGACGAAUUCCGUUCUUAUAAAUCCCGUGUAAUCUUG